AUGACUUACGAAGAAGGCAUCGGGUGUACUCGGAAAAUAAUGUGUUACAAACAGUAUUACGACGAUGGUAUACGUUUAGUUUUUAAUGCAACGGAAAUUCCAAUUCCAUCUGAUAAAGAUCCCAACAACGAUUGGAUGGCAGCGCCCACACAAAACGAAAUGUGGGGAAUGGAGGUGGCGCUAAUAGAUUUCUUUUCCUAUUUUGGAUUUGUAUGUGAAAAUGGAGUCUGGUAUAUAACGAAAUACCCGCAUGGAAUAGUUUAUGCAAAUGCGGAUAGCGGGUUCACUGGUCCGACGGAUGAGUAUAAUGGAAAAAAGUCAAAAGUCAAAAGUUUCUAUUGUCAUGAUUGGCGUGAGUAUGUUGAAUCAACUCCGAUGCCUUAA